AGCGUUUCCGCCAGAUGCCUGGCCAGGCCGGCCCGCCGCUGGUGGGGGAAGAGGGGGGAGGGUCCCAGGGGGCUAGGGGGGCUACGGCCACCAUGCUCCGCUCCCUCUUGCUUCACUCCCUGAGGCUCUGCGCCCAGACGGCCUCGUGCCUCGUGCUGUUCCCGCGCUUCCUCGGGACGGCCUUCAUGCUCUGGCUGCUCGACUUCCUGUGCAUUCGCAAGCAUUUUCUGGGCCGUAGGGGCCGGGGUCAGCCCGAAUCCGACAUAGAGCUCAACAGUGAUGGCGAGGAGGUGCCCCCCGACGACCCCCCCAUCUGCGUGUCCGACGACAACCGCCUGUGCACCCUGGCGUCGCUGAAGGCCGUGUGGCACGGCCAGAAGUUGGAUUUCUUCAAGCAGGCGCGCGAGGGCGGCCCGGCGCCCAACUCCCUGGUGGUCCUGCCCGAGGGGUUCCAUUACCAGCACAUCCUCGACUUCGCGCAGGGAGACCGCCCGCUGGUGCUCAAUUUCGGCAGCUGCACCUGACCGCCGUUCAUGGCGCGCAUGGGCGCCUUCCAGCGCCUGGUCACCAAGUACCAGCGCGACGUGGACUUUCUCAUCAUCUACAUCGAGGAGGCACACCCUUCAGACGGCUGGGUCACCACAGACACCCCUUACAGCGUCCCACAGCACCGGAGCCUGGAGGACCGGGUCCUCGCGGCGCGGGUGCUGCAGCAAGGCGUGCCGGGCUGCACGCUGGUCCUCGACACCAUGGCCAACUCCAGCAGCUCCGCCUACGGCGCCUACUUCGAGCGCCUCUACGUCAUCCAGAGCGGCAUCGUCGUGUACCAGGGCGGCCGCGGCCCCGACGGCUACCAGGUCUCCGAGCUGCGCGCCUGGCUGGAGCGCUACGACCAGCGGCUGCACAGCGCUCUGCCCGGCCCCGUGUAGGCAACCCGCGGGCCGCGGGCUGCACGUGGCGGGCCCCGCCAUGCCGUCGAGCUCUCGAAGACCACGUGCAAGCGCUCCGAUCGAAGUCAGGUUUGGCGAGGGCUCGGUGACACAGCUGUGCUGAGCCACACACUGCAGGCUGGGUCUGCACCCUCAGCCGAGCCACCUGAAGGCUCCCCCCCCCCCCGCCACCCCUACUCUGCUUCUGUGACUGUCCCUCACCCGCGCCUGCCUGGCUGGCUCUGAAUCCCUCCCAAGUGUGGGUGCUGCGCCACCCUGUCUGUGUUUGCCUGUGGACUUGUCCUGCAGAGGCCUCUGCCGUGUUCUUGCACACCCCCUCCCCGGAGAGAAGAGCCAGCACCUCUAGCCAGGCACAACAGCCCCCCCC